UCCCUUAGUUUAUCACCAGAAAAGAUAACGAAGGGCGGGGAUGAGGAAGCUUUUAGUCAUUAACGCCGAUGAUUUCGGUUAUAGCGUGGAGAGGAACAGAGGAAUGGUGGACUGUUUCCGGGAAGGGGUCAUCAGUGGGGUCACGAUGAUGGUCAAUGGCAUCGCUGCGGAGGAUGGGGCGAGACGAGCAAAGGAAGCCCGUAUGCCAACAGGUAUGCAUUUAAAUGUCACGGAGGGGAUACCUGUCGGAACAAAGAGAAGUACUUUAACAGAUGAGAACGGUCACUUUCUUGGAAACCUCGGAUUUCGAAAAGCCAUGGCAAAUGGGGACAUAGAUUUAGACGAUUUUAAGAAGGAGAUGCAGAGCCAGAUAGACCGAUUUGAGUCUUUGAUGGGACAUAAGCCAACACAUAUUGACGGACAUCAACAUGCUCAUCUUGUACCAGGUGUCUGUGAAGUUUUCGGGUCACUUCUACAGGAGAACCGGGUGCGGAGUACAAGAUGUCCAUACGAAGACCUUGAACCCAACCACGUGUAUUCCUGGUCUGCAGACGCUGUUGACGACUUUGAUUCAUUCUUCCGAAAAAUAGUUCAGGAUGCUGCAAGGGCGAAAAAUUCCAUGAAGGAAAGCGAUAUAUGGGUAACCGACCGGUUUGUCGGAUUGCAAACUAUGGGGCCAGACAUGACACUGGAACGAUUACAACGACAGAUAGCAAAGGUUUACGGUCCUCCAGGAAAUGACGUCAUCACCUGUGAGUUGAUGGUGCAUCCUGGAUACAGAACUAGUACAGAAGGUGGUUGUGGGAUUGGUCCAGACGAUUUCUCUAUGUCGGGAGAACGAGAACACGAAAUGUCAAUCUUGAGAAGCAAGGAAAUGCUGGAGUUCUAUCACAAACAGGGAAUCGAAAUCGUUUCGUUUGAGCAGUGCUAUAGUUUAUGAAUGUUGUUAAGACAUUCGAAAUUCAUACUGUAUUGAAUUCAAAGACAUUUUUAUGCAACCCUGAUUAUGAAUUGCCGGUAAAGUGUCUUUCAACUAUAGGAUACAUAACAGGCAUUAAUCUACUUAUAAAUUUUUUAAACUAAUUAAAAGAAAAGAUCUUCCAUUUCAUGGAUGUGAGGUGAGAAGUUAUUCAAUAUCUUUAAUAUACAAUAUUUUAGAAUAUUACGUUUAUUUUUAAAAAUAAAGCUCUUAGUUUAAAAGAGAGUGAGGGAGAGAGAUUUGUUAUCUAUUGGGAGUCGUGCAACAUUGCAUAUAAAAUUAAAUGUACAUGACAGGGUUAGCGUACGCGCUUUUAAUAUAUCAAAGUGAAACAAAACACGUAGCAACACAGUAUAUAAUCACAUGUUAAGGCGUAUGGUUAUAUCAAUCUAUUCAGAAAGUAAUACACACGCUUUAUUGUCUUGUAUAAAAGCCCCGAUGGACACAAAAUUCAUUAACAAUAUACAUAUGUAGCAACUUUUUUUCCUAUUUGAAUUGUAAAACUCCCCAUGGGUAUUAUAUAAUUUUAUAAAUUUCCAUUUAUAUUG